CAGCGCCGCCGUCGGUGGGAACGGGGCCGGCCCGUCUGUCACGUGACCGCACUUUCCUCACGUGACCGAGAUUCGAGCGCCCUCUCACGUGACCGUGCCGGUGGCGGGAUGUGGCGGAGGUACCGGGCGCUGCCCGCCGUGUUGGCGCUGAGUGCGGCCGCGUGGAGCUGCUGCGCCGCGGGAAGGGCGCUGGAGCGGGACCAGCCGUUCCGCCCCCCCCCCGGAUGGACCCUCACCGGCCGCGUGAGCCCCGAGCACGUCGUUCAUCUCACCCUGGCGCUGCGGCAGAGCGGCACCGAGCGCCUCGCCAGCAUCGUCCGUGCUGUGUCCGAGCCGCGCUCCCCGCUAUACGGGAAGUACCUGAGCCUGGAGCAGCUGCGGGACGUGGUGCAGCCCCCCCCGGCCGCGCUCAUGACGGUGCUGAAGUGGCUGCGCACACACGGCGUGCAGGAAUGUCACAGCGUCACCACCAUGGACUUCUUGGAGUGCCACAUGCCCGUCAGCACGGCCGAGCGCCUCCUGCCCGGGGCUGAGUUCCAUCGCUAUGUGAAGGGCCAGCGCAGCGUGAUCCGCUCCCCACAGCCCUACGUGGUUCCCGAGGAGCUGGCAGAGCACAUCGACUUCGUGGGGGGCCUGCACCGGUUCCCUGCGGAGAGGAGCGUGGUCAGCAGGGCCUGGGCCAAGGAGGGGAUGGAGUCCCAUGGGCAGAGAGCAACCUUCCACCUGGGUGUGAUGCCGUCCGUCAUUCGGAAGCGAUACAACAUGACGACAGCAGACAUUGGAGUGCUGCCCAACAACAGCCAGGCCUGUGCCCAGUUCCUGGAGCAGUAUUUCCACCAGGCUGACCUGGCUGUGUUCAUGAAGCUCUUUGGCAGCAGCUUUGCCCACCGCACAAAGGUCGACCACGUGGUUGGGCACCAGGGCCAGGGCAGGGCUGGGCUGGAGGCCAGCCUGGAUGUGGAGUACAUCAUGAGCACGGGCGCCAACAUCUCCACGUGGGUCUUCAGCAAUGCAGGGCGGCACGAGAGCCAGGAGCCGUUCCUGGCGUGGCUGCUGCUGCUCAGCAACAUGUCGGCGCUGCCCUGGGUGCACUCGGUCAGCUACGGGGACGACGAGGACAGCCUGUCUCAGGCCUAUCUGCAGCGGGUCAACGUGGAGUUCAUGAAGGCGGCCGCCCGCGGCCUCACCGUGCUGUUCGCUUCGGGUGAUGACGGUGCCGGGUGCCGGAGGGUGCCGGGGGGGAACCACACGUUCCGGCCCAGCUUCCCGGCCUCGAGCCCCUACGUGACCACGGUGGGCGGCACGUCCUUCAAGAACCCGUUCCUGGUGACGGAGGAGGUGACGGAUUACAUCAGCGGCGGCGGCUUCAGCAACGUCUUCCCCAUGCCCGACUACCAGGCCGAUGCGGUGCGGAGUUUCCUGCGCUCCGCCCCGAAGCUGCCGCCCGGCUCCUACUACAACAGCAGCGGCCGCGCUUACCCCGACCUGGCCGCGCUGUCGGACAAUUACUGGGUGGUGACCAACCGGCUGCCGCUGCCCUGGGUGUCGGGCACGUCGGCCUCGACGCCGGUGGUGGCGGGGCUGCUGGCGCUGAUCAAUGACCGCCGCCUGCAGGGCGGGCAGCCGCCGCUCGGCUUCAUCAACCCCGCGUUGUACCGGCUGCGGGAGCGCGGACACGGCGCGGCGCUGUUCGACGUGACCGUCGGCUGCCACGUGUCGUGUCUGGACGCUGCGGUUCAGGGCCGCGGUUUUUGCGCCGUUCCCGGUUGGGACGCGGUGACCGGGUGGGGGACGCCCAACUUCCCGCAGCUGCUGCGCGCGCUCACGGCGCCGUGACGCCAAUAAAGGCCGCGAUACGAA